AGAUUAUAAACAAUAACAAAAUCUGUGCAAAUGAUACAAAUAUAAAAAAGGCAUAAAAAGCAACAAUAAAGCAACUGCGGAACGCACGCGAUCUCAGCCUGAGAGCUAAGAACGCUGAUACAUGGCUGAGAGUGAGGACGGUGUUGUUGGCAUUUGAAGCAGUUACGAAGACGAACAACUUCUUCGAUCGUCAAUGUUUUGUGACUGUUGGUUCAGCAGUGUAGCAGCUGUGCGGCAGCCUUGGACCAAACAGCCGAGUUGGUUGUCACCGUGCUCUGUUCCACCACGAGUGGACCUAUUGCGUUUGACGCAGCGUUUGUCACUGUGUCUGUGUGAUCGAAAUUUUCAGAAACAAUACAGCAAGAAAAGCUAGAUAAGCCUUGUGGUUAGUGAAACUUGUUGCGACGGCACCGGAUCAGAAAAGAAAAUUUUAAAUCUGUGGUGUGAGCCAUGGGUGACCAAUGGGUUGGAUGCGUUGUUGUCGUCGAGUGCGGAGACAUCCUUGGCACGUACCAAGGCAAGAUCGAAAGUGUCGAUACAGACAAGCAGCAGAUCAUACUGUCGCAAGCAUCUCGAAAUGGUGUCAAGUGUCACGUUCCACAAGUCACCAUCUGUGCUCAGGACAUUGUGGAUUUGAACAUCAUCAAAUCAUCUGAUGGUAGCUGCAGUGAAUCACCAGUCGUGUUGCAAGAAGUCAAUGGCGCUCGGAAAGAUGCCAAGAAGAAGGUCGUGGUCACUCCUAAGAAAGCCGAGGGGCCACGGAGGGCUAUGACAGCUGCCAUGAGGUGUCGUGACGACGCCUGUUUUAGUGCUCCUGUUGACGCCGCCGUGCUGGAGCAGGACUUUGACUUUGAGAAGAACCUGGCCCUGUUUGACAAGCGGGCAGUGUUUAACGAGAUUGAUGCUGCACUCUCGCGGCCUGCACCAUGCAAUGACUACUCGGCUCUGGCCAGCAAGUCUGGGCAUAUGGUGUGCACGCCACCCAGCUACCGCUGUGACGAAAACAUCUUGGGUGGCAGUGCACUGGAGUCCAUGUGCCGUAUCCGAGUGCCUGGCAAGCAGGAGAUGAAUUACGUAACUGACACGGGGCUGCUAGUGCCAAGUGUGAGUCUGCAGCUACGCCAACAGAUCCUGGAGGCUGCUGUACAGUGUGGCUACAGCGCAGAGCGACAGCUGGAGAUGAUUGGCCGUGCUGCAUCAGAGAUGGUGCUGCAGCUGCUUGGUGGUUGCCGCCGGCUAAAUCCAGCCAACAGCCACCAGCGCCCCACAGUGGUGCUGGUGUGUGGGGGCCACCGGCAAGGCAGCCAGGUGGUGUGCUGUGGUCGGCAGCUGGCCAAUCAUGGCGUCGAGGUGAUACUCUGGCAGCUACCUCUACUGGCUGGUGGCUUGGCUCCUGUCGACUCGCUGUUCUCAGCCGAGAUGGCUCUGUUCCGCAGAAGUGGGGGAAAAGUGCGACUUACUAUAGCAGAGCUUUCCAGUAGCAGAGUGGACAUGGUGCUGGCAAGUCUGGACUCUGUAGACGGUGUGAGCCGAGCCGAUCCGACGGCGGUUGCGACCAUGGCAAACUGGAUUAACCAAAGUAAAGCUCCGGUGCUGUGGGUUGACCCGCCACCAAAUGGCAGCACAGUUACACCAACUCCCCAGUGGGUGCUCAUGCCCCUCCUUCCCCUGGCAAUGGAUGAACGCAUUGUCGCCUCGACGGGUCUCUACUUAUGCGACGUUGGCGUGCCCUGUCGCGUCUUCCGCGAUUUGGGUGUUCAGUACGCAUCUCCCUUCGGAUCAAAGUUUGUGGUAGUGCUCCACGCGAAAAAGCCGUGAUAGCUCAGCAAGCAUGUCACUUUGCACAAGCUGCUGAGGUACGUUACUCUUCAGGUAUAAGGAACUGCUCAGUCGUCGUGUCACUCAUGAAAAAAAAAAGUGACAUUGGAGAGUGAGGCUAAAGAAGAAAAGUGAGACGAAGGAUGAACUACCGGAACAGACAGUGAUGAAUGCGAGUGAUUGAGCGUGCUGACCUCCUCCCAUUUUUUUUUCUUUCUUUAUUAUAUAUUUUUUUAAUAUUUUUAUGUGAUUGUGUCUGUGGGGAGGCUGUUUGUGUGCUGUAUUGUAUUGACUCUCGAACUGCUGCUGUGUACAUUCAGGUAUAAGUGUUCUUUUGCAGUUUGGUAAAAUUAUGUGUUUUGCUUUCAGUGACUUGUGAAGGAUGUGGAUACAUUAACAGCAAACAAAUGUGCUCAAAAUGUAGCAUCAUACUUGAACUGACAUAAAAACCAGUGAUUAGGUCACAAAUGCAGGAGACAAGGAGUACAGUACCAAUUGCUGCCCCGAACUAAGAUGCUGACCUUGAACCUGAUGAGAAAAAAAAAAGGGUUGGUAGUUAACAGACUAAAACUUUGAAAGAAAAUCUCUAGCUGCAGGAUAUUUUCAUUAUUAUAAUUGGCAUUGACAUCUCUGCAAGAAAAAAAUCAGCUGCCAAUGCUUUUGUUACUAUGAGUAAUUUCUCGGUCGACUUGUAAACUUCAUUACCGAAAUUUCCCUUGGUGAGCUUCUGUGUCAACGUAUUAACUACUGUAGACCAACAGACUGAAACUCUGCCUUUGGGGAAGAGAGGAAGGUGAAAAAGAAUAUAAAUCUAUUAAGUACCAGUAUUGAGAUUUCAUAAAAAUUUCUUUUACUUUCUAGUUGCAUGGCUCACUCCUCAAAAUUCCCCAGUGAUGUUGAUAGCUGUACUGGCUCUCAUCACACGUUGACCACAAGAGAAGAGAUGACAUGUUAAAGGAAUGGCUGCAGCUCUGACAUGAUUUGGCAUUUAUAGAAGUCAUUCUAAGGACAAAUUUUUAAUCAGAUUGAGCACAGUGGUCUCGUUCACACCACUGUCUUGCAAGGGAUCUUUCUUGGAACCUUGUUACCUGUGUUCUUUUGGGAUUGGUGAUAUAAUUAAUUGUUUGGACCUAGGUUGCUGUUUCGUUUCAAAAUGAGUGAAACUUUGCAUCAAACUUGGGCUGUUACUGGUGCUUUCAGCAAGCCCAUGCUUUGUCACCAUGGCUUAUUGUUUGUCUGUCAUCGCAUGUUGAUUGCUAAACUGUUUCGAGUCAUUUUUGACUUCCUGUUAUUUACAUGUGCUUGUAUGUGGACGGCAAAGCACUGCUUGGUAUGUUCCUGCUGUAGUCCAGCGUACUCAGAGUUCACCAAGUAGUGGAAGUGGAAAGCCACAGGGUCUUAACUUUGUUUGCUGAAGAAACGGCAUCUUAUGUUUGGCUAUUCUCUGUCAUCACCCUUGUUUAUUUUGCUAUAGAAUACGCAAGGUUUCGUGAUUCUUAUGUAAGCUCUACAUUCCUUUGUUUGAGUUGCUUUUGUUUCAGCUGAGGUAUGCAGUUUGAGUGCCUGUAUACCAUUACACUUAGUUUUCUGUAAGCAUUGGUACUGGUAUCAUAAUAGGUAUAGUGUUACUAAAGUACAGAAAAGAAGCCUGAUGCAUCUAGUUCUUUUGCUGCCCUAACAUGAUGCAUUGUAAAUGCGUGCUUGUACCUCUGUAUAAGAGGCUGCAAACUCAAAAGUAGCAUGUGAUUAAAACUGUGAUGAGGUAUACUUUAGCAUUUGUUAACAAUAACAUUCAAGCAUCAACCAGGUGGUUAGUAGGUGCCUUCUGCAUGAUCUCUCAUUGCAUGUCUGCUUGGCUGCUUUGCAAGAAGGGUCCAGUGCCUGUUGCCGCUCUGUGCUUAGUCUUCAUUCAUUGCUUUUCUGAAGCAACUGAGAACAAGUGAGCUACCACAUGGUGCCAUUAGGGCUUUAGUGCUAAACUUAAUACUUCGUGAUUUGCGUUUUCGAUUCAGUUGUGCUAUUUAAUGGUGACUCUUGAGAAAAGUUGAAAAAAAAAAAAUUUAAGCAUGUCAAGUAGCAUGCUGUAUUAAAUUAUGAAGGAAGCAGACAUCGGUGGAAAUGUGACUGGUGUUGGUUCCAUCUCACAAAAUAAAGCUGAGAACAUUCGCAUUGUCCUGUGCUUUGUGUGCGCAUGUGCUGACUUCAGUUGACCUUGCUGCCUUGCUCUUCAUUGAGGUGCUGCUUACUUGCUGGUUGAUGCUUGCUUGUUAUUCUUAAGAGAUUGGAAGGUGUGAGCCAUGUGCAGUGCAUGACACAUUGUGGAGGACGUGUAGUAUUCAUGCGAAGACAGGUUCUCAUUUCAAUUAAUUUUUUGAGCCAUGGUGACUAAUGUGAUGCAUUGAGUAAAUAUCUAUCGAAAAAGAGUGCUCUAGAGGCCUUCGUGUUUAAGUUCGGCUGCUUUCAUGCUGCUUACAUGUUUCCUCUAAGUAUGUGAGCAUUGUACAGAGUUUAGACGUAUUUUGCAAACAUAACUCUGGUAAGUUUCAUCUGUCAUAUCAUAUGGUGUGUGUGUUCUCAUAAGUUCGGCACAAGUCAAAUAUCCACUGUGGGAGAAAGUGCAUUGUCAUCAUUUAUGUCAUGAGUUGGAGAUUUCGAAUGACUGGGAGAUCAUAAACUGUCAUAAUGCUGAUAGCGCUGACUGUCAGUGAGCAGCUUGACAGGCAUACCUGCCUGCACACCUUGCUGUGACAGUCAGCAGACAGCUGUGUACAUCCUUUUUUUUUUUUCCCAACUGUGCUUCUGUUUGUCAUGAAGACUCAUAAAGUGUGUUGUGUUAGUAUCAGGCCGAGAUUUAAAGGUACAUAUGGUGGAGAAGAGACAGGUUUCAUUCUUAUUUAUCUUUGCAGACAUGAAGAUCUUUCUAUGGCAUUUUUUUUUUUUAAUGCAAAUACUGGCAGGGUCUUUCAUUUGCUGAAUAUAACACCAUUUGCAAUAUGUGUUCACUUUUCUCAUGUGACGCUCAUAUAUGGAAACGCCUGUACUUCCACUUUGCAGCAUUGAUCUCAUUAACAGUGUGCCAAGCCUCACAGCAGUCCAUGUCACAGUAAUUUCUUUGGCAAUUGUGGUACGGUGUUUCUCUGUUUUGGCACUUAAAUCCGAGGCUCAAGAGGCAAGUUCUGGGACAGGUAUAGUCCCUGGCAUUUUUUUGGUGCUAUCAUGAAAUGCAAAAUGGUUGGGUACAAUAGUAUGAAUUGUUUUGAGUAUAUAAAAUAAAUGCUCUCUGAAUACAAAGCUCUAUAAGAUAGCAAUAGAAUGGUUACUUGCUAGAACUAAAGCAGGGUGGAGCCUCGGUUUUGUGCAUUUGGGCACUUGUCAUCGUGAGGGCCGGCAAAGACAACGCUUCCCUGUCGACACGUCAGCACCUAGAGCGGACAGCAUUCUUGUUCAGCAUUGGCUCUAAUGAAGAACUUUCUUUUUCAAUUGCACUCAAUUAGAGAACUUGCUGAAGAAUGCCAUUGUACUACUUUUUUUUCUUCCUGAAGCAGACUAGCAUUCUGAGAAUGGUGAAGCAAGUUCUUGAAGCAGUUUUUUUUUUAAUUUUUUUUUAAUUUCUAGUCUUCUUUUGGUGGCACCAAGCCAGGAAAUUUAUAUAUAUUUUUUUGUGCCUGUUGUAAUGUUACUUUGGGUGUCAUUAGCUGUUAAUUUGUCUUCUCAGUUUGGUGACCUGCUUUUCAUCAGAAGUACUGGUGCAUUAAUUCACAUUAUGUCUGGUAUAUGCAUUUUCUUUCCCUUUUUUGUUUGGACUUGGAAGUGCUGAAAAGAUAAUUGAGAAAGGCAUACCUACUACUGAUGCACUGACACAAACUACACUAUUCACUAUUAAAUAUAGCCAAAUGAUCAUUUCGGUAGCUUUUGACACAAUUGUGAGAAAAAAAAAUAAAGUAACAGGAUACAGGCUGUUAUGGUCACCUCACUUCACGUGUCGUUGCCUUUUGCUGUCAUCAGGUUUCAAAUUUUCAGUUGAUUAUCUCUCCGGUUAAAAGAAUGCACAAAGGAGCUCUUUGUCUCCACUAGUUAAUUUCACCAAUAACUUUUUCAACAAGUUAUUUGUGGGCAGUGUAUUGUAAACUAUUGGGCUCAGUUGAACUGUUAACGUAAUGUUUUUCAUACAACCAGUACAUCCUAUGGGAUUGUGGUUGGCGUACUACUGUAAUAAUUCUGAGAGGGGCCCUAGUAUGUCUGGAUUCAUGACGAGGCCAAUGGGAUGUAAAUGGUAAAAGUAUGUACAUACAGGGCGACCACACUUCUGCAUGGGGUAAAAUUGGUACUGUUUGGCUUUUGUCCUGGUUCUGCAGGGUUGCCCAUGGUAUGUUUGCGACAGAAACUUGUCGGCAAAUCAAGUGUAAUCUCAUGUUCAGUUUCCUUAGAUGCUGAGAAUAAGCAUUGUGAUCAAAUAUUCGAUGGAAGCAUUGGGUUAAAUAGCUUGUGGCUCUGGUAUCAUGCAUCAGUUGGCUGCAUAAUAAAAAUUUAAAAGAGCACCAUGG